CAGCAGCUGUAUAGCUGCAUGGCGCGUCCGAGGCUCUCGCAACACCGCCCGCCGUCUCGCACCUAGUCUCUCGCUCGCGCGCCAUUCCGUCGCGCGUGUGCGUCUUGUCUUCGGGCUGCACCGCGCGUGUUGACGCGAGCCGUGAACCGUCACGGACUUUGUUCAUCAACCAGACUGCGAUUGAUUAUCGCAGUGAGGUUAGAAUUCGUGCGGGGUCAACGGGACGACUCAUUUACACGCAAGGCUCAUUUACUGAACAUUGGGACAACCAGGCCCAUCUAGUGAUUUUAGUAGCUGAUGCAGCCCAGUCCCCAGUCUCGAUUGGUUGGCAUCCAGUAGACUUUCCGAAUGCAAGCAAUUAUUAAUCAGUGAACCUAAUGGGAUUCUCGACAACAUUACUGAUGUCUUAUGAUGAUGGAUGCAGUCAAAAUAGGAACAGUGCCUACUACGAAGCCGUUGUUGAUUAAUAAAAUAAUUGAAACUACUGAUAGUUCAAAGGAAAAAAUCGAUGAUAUUUCGUUUACUGAGGAUAAUGAAGAUGAUGAGAUGAGAUUAAGAUUGUCUGAUGAAGAAGAAAACGAACAGGAUAAUAUAUUUAGUAAUAUUCAAAAUCAUCAACCAAAUUCACUUCUAAAAAAAGAUGAUUUCGAGUUAGACGCUUCUACUACUGUCAAUUCCGAAGAGACAUCUGAAGUCUGCCAGGAAAAAUUGAAAAAUACCGACACAAGUGAUAAAAAAGUAAAUACUCCUUCUACUGUUGAUUCCAAAGACUCCUCUAAAGUUUGUCAACAAAUAUCGAAAGGAUCAGAAACAAGUGUUAAACAAACUGAUACUCUUGCUCCUGUUGACAACGAAAAUAAAUCUGGAGCUUGUCAGCAAAGGUUAAUAGAUUCAGAAGAAAGCACUGAAAAAGAAAAUUGUAAGUCCAUUCAACCUGAAGAAGCAUCUAUCAAUCUUGAACAAGUAGUAAAAUAUUUGGAUUCUGCUAUCGAAGAAGGUGAUUAUACUAAUUAUCCAAGUGACGGUGAUUUAGAUGAAGAGAGGGUUACUGAAAACGGUAAUUUGAGUGACGAGGAAACUGGUAUGAGCGACAGGAUGCCGCACAAUCCCACGAAAUAUUGGUCAAGCUUCGACCCACGCCCAUGGAAAGGAUCACGAAAACGUUCAAGUUUUCCUCAUCGUGGGUCUAACAGUUGGUAUCAUCAACAGUAUCCAGAUAGGGACAAGUUGAAGAAAAAUAAUCUUCAUCAUAGCAAUAGCCAUUUUAUUAGAACAAGUCGUUCACGAGGAAGUUUCAGUAGUUCAGCUAGAGAAAGUUGGACUAGAGAUGCGAAGAAAGACGAAGUCAAUGCAUCCUUGAGAUUAAGGGAUAAAAAGAUUUCCAAAGAUGUUACUACUGGUAAAGAUCUUUUGGUUAAACAGAACGGCAUUAUCGCAAAUGGCCUAGAUCACAAAGAAAAUAAUUCUUCCGGCCAAAAUGAUAAGUUGAUUACCGUUAUGAAUAAAACAGAUAAAGUAGGGAUUAAAACUAUUUCUGCCGUACAGAAUAAACGCACGUUAGAUUCAAAGUUAUCAACAGAUCAAAGCAGUAAAAUGAAUGGUAAUGAAAGUGGUGGUGUUAAACUGUUGAAUGGAGUUGUAUAUGUCGAUGAUCGUCCAAGUAGUAUAGCUAGUGCAUCAAUAACCAAAAACUGUGAAUUAUCAUUGAUUGACAAGGAUAAAGGAAAAUUUGAAUCUUCAUCACAAAGUACCGCAACAGAAACGAUAAAAACUCCAAAAAUUAGUGAGGUGCUCAGCGAAGCCCAAAUACAAAUUAAAGAUGUGACAUCACAAAACAAUAGCAUGAAUAAUAAAUUCAAAGAUUUAAUGGAUGUUGAUGAGAAUGUUAACGACAAACCUGAUAGUACUAGUGAUUUAAUUUGCAUACAAGCUAAUAUUAGAGACGCUGGUGAGAAAAUCGGUAAAAACGAUGAUUUCAGCUGUGUUUCCAUUGUACAAGAAAAAACAAAUGGAACAUUAGAAAAGAAAAAAUUAGAUGAUAGUGUUCAAAGAAAUGACUAUCAAACUUUGGAAAGUGGCAAAUCCAUAACUUUCACCGAAAUCGGGCAAAGAGAUGACGGUAUUAAGAACUACCUGUCCAUGGAUGUUGAUUUAAACACGGAAACAUCUCAAAACAAUGAAGAUGAUUGGAGAGACUCUGAAUCCGGUUCGCUGAUCAUUGAUGAAAGUGCCCCUAAAGAAAAUAAAUCUAAUGAUAAAUUGAACGGAGAUACCGAAGAUGGUAAAACCCUAAAAGAAGGUGACAAGUCAGGCGCUGCAAAGAACAAAGAUCAAAAUGGAUUGAAUAAUGUGAUAGAAGAAGUUGAUUUGAUUGAUGAUGAUUCACAAGAGGCAAUUCUCAAAUCUAAUAAUACAGACACUAAUAUAUCGCAUUCAGUUUCUCUUGAUACUACAAAUGGUGAUAAAAUAGAAGAAAGCAGUCAAGAUGGCCGAGCUGCUGUUCAUAAAAGACGUCGAAGAAAAAAACUUGUAGAAACCAUGCAAGAGGAACUGCUAAUUAGCGAAGCUGAAAGUGGAGGUCGUCAGAAGCGGCGUUCGGCACGAAAUGCUGAGGAGAUGAUACGCAAAGAAAUCCUCAAAGGUGACAACGACGAUGAGGAUUCGAGUGACGAUGUCGAUAAACUCGUAAAGGUCAAUUAUCGUAAAUCGUUGACGCCAAACAUCAUCACGCGCACUCUUUCACCGCCAACUCUUAAACGGACACUGGACGAAGUCUCCGAUGAAAAGGACAAUGCGGCAUCGACGGGACUCAAGAGAAUCAGGCCCAAUGUAGAGGAUACUUCGGUAUCGGUAGCGCAAAAACAAAGGAACGAAUUUUUGUCUCCGAGAAAGUCUCAAGAAAGCGUCAUCGCAACAGGUCAACUCAUGAGAAAGAUAUCGCAAGAUGAUAUCAGAGGAAAGUUGAAGAAACUAACACAAGAGGAAUUAGAGGCUCUGCUUCUACAAAAGAUUGUCGAGUGCAUAACCGUGCGCGGCGAAAUGGGCAAGCUUCGAGAGCAGGCUCGCGCUUCGAAAAAGUGUCAGGAAAGUCUUCGAAACAAGAACCAGCAGCUUCAGAAGCAAGUUGAGGGUUUCGAGAUGGUCCUGAAGCGAAUCAAUUAUGAUAAGAACAGCAAUGGUGAUAAGUACGUGCCACCAAUCAAGAUCAAUCGGUCUGUCGGCUUACAAGUGAACUUCUUAUCUCAGGAGCACGGAAUCCAAAGUCUGAAACAAAUUCAAGCUCUCCGAACGGGAGCAAACAGUGCCAAUACACCGAAACAGGUAUCAGCGCAAGCGCUGAUCCCGGACAACCAGAGUCCUCGUAAAAUGAUGAAAACACGAUCGCCACGCAGACCAGAUAUGACACCAACGAUAGUUCAGGUACCAACUCCGACCUCCGUUGGCGUUCAGGCGAACAGCGCAACUCCUGCUCUCGUAAUGACAGCGAAACCGACUGAUCCCAAUGCCAAACGUAACGGUAAUGUCCUGCAGAUCGUUGCGCCAUCAGGUAAUCAACAACAGACCGUUACCACAAGACCUACGCUUACAAUACAAAGGACGACAUGUACCAACCCUAGCAAAGCUAGUGAUCUCAUCGACUUGACUGACGAAGAGGACAAAUCCAAAGUAACAGCUAUUGCAACUACUGGUGGACUACCGGCUAGAUUACCACGAGUAUUACAAGCUGUACCAGCUAGUAGCGUGGCUUUAAAUAAUGCAACCAACCUGAGACUAUUACCAGCAGCUAAUUCGACUGCUGCAAUGGGGACCAACGUACCAAGACUAGCAUACGUGAUGCAAAGUGGUCCAAAUGGUGUACCGACAAGGCAGUUAGUUUUAACAAGUAAUAAUUCAGUAAAAACUGUAACAAGUUUAACCACAACAGGAACGCUUAAUUAUAAACGAAGCGUAACUGCAUUGCCAAAUGGAGCUGUAAGAUUAGUGACAACGCAAGCUGCCCAAAUACCGAUUUCAAAGCAUCCAGCGCCUUUGCCGGAAUCACCUAUGCCACCAUCGGAGCCUUCGUGGAAAUUAGCGCCACCAGCACCGUCGCUGAAGAUAUCCAAAGUUGCUACUGGCAUCGUACUAUCGUGGAAUAUGUCGCUGACGGAUAAGUAUGCAGACAUAGUUAGUUAUCAAUUAUACGCUUAUCAAGAGGUCGCAGGGACGCCUCCUAGUGCAAAUUUGUGGAAAAAAGUGGGUGAUGUUCGAGCGUUACCAUUGCCCAUGGCUUGUACUUUAACUCAGUUUACGGAAGGAAAUAAUUAUUACUUUGCUGUCAGAGCUGUUGAUGCACAUUCCAGAUUCGGCCAGUACAGCAAACCUGGCAACAUUUCUCUGUAAGAGAAAUGUAAAUUAAAAUUAACUAUUGAACUAGGAACAUAUAUUUGCCUGUUUUCUUUUCACUGCUCCGGACUUAUAUGAAGUAAGGUUUUAAUACGCGUUUCGAUACGAAAGAUUACUUUUAAUACAUUAUUUGUAAUAUAACAUCGUAUAGUUAGGUAAACAAACUUAAAAGUUUUCAUGCGUUUAACAUAUGUAAGUGUGUGUAAUAUCAUGUAAAGAUGCUCAGUUUUACUAGAUUUCCAUUAGUAGCACCUAAGUUCUUGUUUUAUAAGCUUUGAUGAUAAAGGAAAAAAAAUAGAAUUUUUUGUGCGGAUAUUUUAAGUUUGAAUUUCAUUAACUACUUUUUAGUUUUAGCACUGUGUUCAGCAACGGAUUGAUACUGUUCAAAAUUUAUUUUUCUUGUUAGAAUGUCGAAAUCGACCUGCCAAGUUACUAUUUUGAAAAGUUAGGAAGAAUCGAAACUUACUGCUUAUAACUGUUAAUAUGGAUUUAUAAUAAUUCCGAAAAGAAACCUUUCAAUGAUUACUUUUUCAAUCAAUAUUGAAUUUUUUUUUACAUGUUUGUUAUAUUACUUGUGAGCUCUAAAUUAUUUGUUAUGUGAAAAUGUAAAAAUAUACCAGCUGUGAAUGAGCUUGAUAAUUGAUUUAACUUAAUGUCAGUCAAGACGGAGUAAAGAAAUGAUUGCACUGGUCAUUUCUGUGAAAAGAGUUAAAAAGGCUUGAAGUGGUGGUAUUUAAUCCAAUUUGUAUCCUUGAAGUAACAAUUAAAGGUGUACUAAAAAGUAAUAGCUUUAAGAAAGUUUUGUAUAUAAAACAGUAUAUAAGAAUAAGUUAGAAGUUUUCCUGAGUGACCUUGAACAUGUUUCUGAACUAGCCGCUUUAUACAAAUAAAUACUUGGAUGUUUUCAAUCAAGCGAAAGU